ACCAAAACAUUUGAAAAAUAACAGUUAAAAAUAAUUGUAAAGCGGUUAUUCAUCUAACGUUGAUUUGUUCAUUUGCAAACCUUCAUCUUUACAAUUCUAUCUGACCCUGACAAUGGUGCACUUGGACCGGGUGUUGUUGUGUGUGUUGGUGACGGCACUGUGGGCGGUGGGCGCCCAUGGAUUCCUAUUCCAGCGGACGGACUGCCAGGUGUCGUCCUGGUCGCCGUGGUCCGAGCCGUUCGGGUUCGGGCAGAUGUCCCGAGAGCGUACCAUCCUCCGGCACACGGCAAACGGCGGCACCCCCUGCCCGCCAGAACUUGAGGAGAUCAAAAUCACAGGUAGACGAGCCAGCAUCCAGUCCACUGCGAAAUCCAUCGCGAGCAACUUCAUGGUUCAGAACAAUCUAAAAGGCGGUAUGUCAGUGGGUCAACUUCGGGACUUGCUCGUCAUCGUGGACGGGUCGGGAAGCAUAGGGUCCACGAACUUUCAGGACACUAGGAACCAACUGGCCCGCCUCUUGGGCAUGUUGUGCCCCACACCAGACCCCUUUAAGGGGAACCAGCAGGCGGCGCUGAUUGAGUUCUCGAGCACUGUGCGGGAGAUCUUCGACUUCAAUGAUAAGGCAAACACACUGGCUGUGCAACAGGGCGUCAAGGGGAUGCCUUAUUCUGGGGGCUCCACGUGCACCGCCACCGCAUUCAACUACGCCCGUAACACCAUGUUUACCGCCGCUAAAGGUAUGCGGAGCCGACCGGACGUGAAACAGGAAGUGCUCAUCGUGACGGACGGAAAGUCGAACUGUGGCGGGGAUGCCGUACAGGCCGCCAAGCUGCUCGACAAGACAGCCAAUGUUUACGGGCUAAUGAUCGGCCGCCACAGCACGGCCGGCAUGCAGGAACUGUCAGACUACGUUUCCUCGCCGAAGAACCAGCACCUGUUUACCCUGGAGAACGCACGUGAGCUGAGACAGCUUGUUGAUCUCGUGGAGCAGCAGCUCAAGUCCGUCCCCUGUGCCCCCUUUGACCUUUGAGUGCGACCACAUUUCUUUUAGCAUGUUUCUGUUGUUAAAUGUAUUCUUGUUUUGAUUACUGUUUUGUAAUAAAUUGUAUUAAGACAAAUUGCA